AUGUCGAAACUUCUGGUCGCAGUAAAAACAGAAAAUUUUCAUGAAGUAAAACGGCUAGUUGAUCAUGGUGCUGAUGUAAAUAGUGAAAAGUAUUACGAUAUCAGUCCUCUUCACUCUGCAGCAUCACGUGGUUCCCUGAAAAUUGUCAAAUAUUUAGUUGAACAUGGUUCGAAUGUAAAUUUUGAAUGCCACCUCUUUGGUAGUCCUCUUCACUCUGCAUCAUCAUCUGGUUUACUGCAAAUUGUCAAAUAUUUAAUUGAUAAUGGUGCUGAUGUAAAUUUUGAAAAUUGUUGGGUUGGUAUCCCUCUUCACUCCGCAGCAACAUCUAGUUCACUGGAAAUUGUCAAAUAUUUAGUUGAACAUGGUGCUAAUGUAAAUUGUAAAUAUAAUUCUAAACGAGGCUCUCAUCAAUCUUCAGCAUCAUAUGGUUCACUGGAAAUUGUCAAACAAUUAGUCUAUCAUCGUGCCGAUGUAAACUUUGAAUCGCUUCGCUUUGGUAGUCCUCUUCACUCAGCAGUAUCAUCUGGUUCACUGGAAAUUGUCAAAUAUUUAGUUGAGCAUGGUGCUGAUGUAAAUUGUGAAGAGCGUAACGUCGGUAAUCCUCUUCACUCUGCAUUAUCAUCUGGUUCAAUGGAAAUUGUCAAAUAUUUAGUUGAAAAUGGUGUUAAUAUAAAUUCUGAAUUUUUUGACGUUGGUAGUCCUCUUCACUCUGCAGCAUCACGUGGUUCACUGGAAAUUAUCAAAUACUUAGUUGAACAUGGUGCUGACGUAAAUUUUGAAUCCUUUCACUGUAAUAAUCCUCUUCACUUUGCAGCAUCACCUGGUUCACUGGAAAUUGUCAAAUAUUUAGUUGAUCAUGAUGUUAACGUAAAUUUUGAAUCCUUUAUCCUUGGAAGUCCUCUUCAUUCUGCAGCAUCAUCUGGUUCACUGGAAAUUGUCAAAUAUCUAGUUGAUCAUGGUGGUAAUGUAAAUUUUGAAUCCUUUAUCCUUGGUAGCCCUCUUCAUUCUGCAGCAUCACAUGCUUCACUGGAAAUUGUCAAAUAUCUAGUUGAUCAUGGUGCUAAUGUAAAUUUUGAAUCCUUUAUCCGUGGUAGUCCUCUUCAUUCUGCAGCAUCAUGUGGUUCACUGGAAAUUGUCAAAUAUUUAGUUGAACAUGGUGCUGAUGUAAAUUGUGAAGAGCGUAACGUCGGUAGUCCUGUUCACUCUGCAUUAUUAUCUGGUUCAAUGGAAAUUGUCAAAUAUUUAGUUGAAAAUGGUGCCGAUGUAAAUUUUGAAUUUUUUCACGUUGGUAGUCCUCUUCACUACGCAGCAUCACAUGGUUCACUGGAAAUUGUAAAAUAUUUGAUCGAACAUGGUGCUAAUGUAAAUUUUAAAUCCCUUCUCUUUGGUAGUCCUCUUCACUCUGCAGCAUCAUCUGGCUCACUGGAAAUUGUCAAAUAUUUAGUUCAUCAUGGUGCUGAUGUAAAUUUUGAAUCCUUUAACCUUGGUAGUCCUCUUCACUCUGCAGCAUCAUCUGGUUCACUGGAAAUUGUCAAAUAUUUAGUUGAACAUGGUGCUAAUGUAAACUGGGAAAACCGGCGGAAUAAACCUGUGAUUCACAAUGCUGUUAAGUUUGGUUCAUUGGAAAUAGUUGAAUACUUAGUUGAACAUGGUGCUGAACUAACAAAUGAAGAAAAUCUUGACAUGUCCGCAAUUCUAUUUCUGGCUUGUGAAGGAGGAAAUGCGUCAGUUGUUGACUACCUUCUUCAACAUGGAGUGACUAAAGACAUGAAUAAUUGGAAAUUGAAAAUUCCCUUACGUAUAGCAUGCCGGAAAGGUCAUACCGCCGUAGUUCAAACAUUACUGAAAUAUAACGUUGAUAUACGAAAAGAGAAGGAACCAUUAAUAUGUGCCAAUACUGAGAUCAUAAAUAUUUUGAAUUUGGAAUUAAUGAAGUCCCUUAAACAUCGUGAAAAAAUUAGGAGUUUGAAAAGAAUGGACAACGUGACCUUGACAAAGGUAAUAUUAGAUUUUAUUAUUGCCUGGAAAGCAAAAAAAGAAAUGGGAUCUCAAAAUCAUCUAUCUAUUAGUAAUUAUUUUUUCUUAAAAAUUAUAGAGUCAGAUAAUGUCGAAUGUGUUUCUCUGUAA